AUGGUGAAUCAACGAAGCAAAAGAGCAGUCUUUUUUCAAAGAAAAACUGAACCAGAGCCACAGGAAUCAAUUUUGAGCAAACAUGGUCAACCAGAUCUGAACUUUGUUGAUACGACCAUCGAAAAUCUGUUUUAUCCAUGGACAACGUUGGAACCGAAAGAGCGAAAACUACCACCAAUCAAAAAGUUAAGACCAUUAAAAGACUUAUGUGCAUUUAAAAUUUCUUUACAAUACGCAAAGAUUGAUGAGGACCUACUAAAAUCACUACCUUGGCAUAUAUGGAAACUUGUAUGGGGAUAUAUAUUAUACAAUGGUAAAGAUUCAAUUGAUGUCUAUUGUAAGUUUAAUAACAUAUUUGGUUCCAAUCCAGAAUUCCGAAGUCACAUAAAAACACCUGAUAAACUUCAAACUGAAGCAAUUGGAUCCAACAAAAUUGCGAGAAACAGGUUUCAUAGACUUGACUCAAUUUUCAAAAACGUACCGAUGUCAGAACUCGUUUCAGUGUUGAACAAAUCUAAAUCAAAAAUUAUUUUGGACUUGUCACACCUUCAAAGUUUGAAAAGAGAAGAUUAUUUCAUGCUUUUCAAUAUUACUAAUUUAAUGUGCUUGAAUUUAAGUAAUCAUCCAAUUGAUGAUUCAUUUUGUACUCAUUUAAGUUCGGCAAUUAAUAAUGGUAAAUUGAGUGGUCUUUAUAUGCUUAAAUUGUGUAAUACCAAUAUAACAAGAGCGGGACUUUUGAAAAUUGCAACAGCACCAAACUCCAAUAUUCAGUAUAUUGAGAUAAAUAGUGAUUUAAAUCACCACGAUUGGAAUUGUUUAGUGGACGUAAGGGACUUACCUUUGGCGAAAAAAUUUUACCAUAUGAGUAAUCUUUAUCACAGCAAGCAAUUGUCGCAUUUAAACAUAUGGGAUCUACUUGUGGUUGACGAAACUUAUCCGGCAUCAUUAGAUAUACUUUGGAGAGCGAGAUUUGCGUUAAGGUCACAACACUCACUAGUUUACCUUAACAAUGUAUUUUUGGACGCUUAUAGGCCGAAAUAUCGAGCAAUACCAGAAGGAGAAGAAUCAGAGUCAAGAAAGCGUAGAAAGUUGAAGACUAAUGCAAAUGAUUUUUUUUCGCUAUAG